AUGAACCCAUUGAGACAGACAGUAAAUACGCUUAGACAACAUCCGGAGUAUCAACGGUCAAUAUGCCAAUUAUACAAGGAACUACUACGGAAAUCAUAUAAGUUAAGGAAACUGAGUAUAGAUAAUGCAUCAGUGUUGUCUGAAGAAUUGAAAGUUGGCAUGUAUGAAGCCUUUACUAAACAAUACACCAACACCUAUCAAAUGGCACAGGCAUUAAUGAAGGGUCUCACUGUUAUUGAUGCGUUAGAUGAUGCUAUGGAAAAUGGAAAUCAUAAAAAUCUCCUACAGUGUGCCCACCAGCACCGCAAGGAAUAUAUUGAAUGGAGCCAACGACGAAGUUCCUUUUUAAAGAACCGCAAAGAAUUGGAAGAGAAACGGAUUGAUACAUUAAGGGGAAGGGAAAGUAAACUUGCCAUGUCACGAAAAAGAGGCAAAGUUAAAUUAAAAGAAUCGGAUUUAUUGACCGAUCAAGAUGUUGAUGAUUUUAUCGCUAAAGGUUUAAAAAUUGCUUCAAAGAAUGGCCAGUCGUUGAUUCUACGAUACCUCAAUCAAUUACAAUAUGCGGGAAAGAUUUCCAACCCGCAUCUUCUCCCGUAUACACCAGAGACACUACAAACUAAUGGAGACCAAUACGAUUCUCAUCAUGUAAUUAAAGGACUGACACAGAAAAUCAUUGAUCAAUCAUUUGACAAAGAAUAUAUCGAGUCAAUCAUUAUCCCGUCCCUCGUGUUUGAUUUAAACGAUAUGAAAAUGGAUGAAAUCGCGACCAUUGUUAAUGAAAAAGGUCCAUAUCAAGCAACAGCCAAAGAAAACAAAUCGGGCACAGUUCCAUUACCGUAUUUGUUAUCACCAUUUAAACAUAAGCCAGGACGGAAGAAACUUGCCUAUUUGAUACGUCAACAAGUCCUAUGGUCUCGAAUCAAAAAGAUAUGGGAGACGACUCAUGAAUUAGAAGAGGAGAAUAUGAGUAGAGAUGGAAGUUACCCUGUCAGUGGAAGUCGAGGAUUUGGAGCCGAAGAAUUGAUGAAACCGAGGCAAUAUUAUGAGAAGCUUUGUGAAUGUGAGGAAUUAUUUGAAUUGUUUUGUGAAAUUGAACAGCGGAAAUUGGAUGGGAGAGAUCUUAAUGAAGUUAUUGAUCUUGAUCAAUUCAAUUGGACCGAACAUUUGGACAUAGUGUCUAAUGAACUUGCUACAAAGUACGAUACAGUUUUACAAGAGUCGAAGUUGGACUUGUCUGAGUUGCAGAAAAGCUUGCAACAACGAUUCGAUGAAGGAUAUGAAGAUAAAGUGGAACGAUUCACCAAUUUACUUCAUCAGCUCAAAGCGUUUAAUGUGUUUAAACAUAGUGAGAUUGUCACUCCAGCAAACUCUACAGUUCUCAGAAACGAUUUGCAAAGCGUUAGUCUUGAUAAAUUUCCUACAGAGGAGAGAGUUGGCCGUGGAAAGACUUUAGGGGAAUUCUUAAAGUCUCAUGACUUUCCUUAUUUCGAGUUUGGCAAUGAAUUAAGAAAGAAAAUUAAUGAAAUUAUGACCAAAAUUGUACAUAGAUUUUAA